UUUGGGGGCGGUUACAGAGCCGCAGAGAGGAGCGCGGGGAGCCUGGGAGCCCGGUUGUGGGGUGAGCUCCGGAUCUGGGCAGACUCAGGAGGCGGCUGGGGGCAGAGCUGGCCGGCCUCAUGAAUGGGGAUUUAGCAGCUGGAAAGAUGGCUUCCUCCACCGGUCCCAUGGGCCCCAUUGGCAGCCUGGAGCUCCUGGACCUGCUGUUUGACCAUCAGGACGGCAUCCUGAGACACGUAGAGCUGGGCGAGGACUGGGGCCACCUCGAGGACCAGCAGGUCCUGCCAGGCCCAGACUCUGAUGAUUUCCUCAACUCCAUCCUGGCUUCUGGAGACUCGGUGCCCAGCUCCCCGAUCUGGUCUCCUGCAGCCAGUGACAGUGGCAUCUCUGAAGACCUGCCCUCCGACUCCCAGGACACCCCUCCACGCAGUGGGGCAGCCACCACCCCCGCGGGCUGCCCCUCCUACCACCCGGGAGCCCCCUGCCUCGCCGGGCCCCCCGGACCAGUGGCCCAAGUGUUGGACGCGUCUGUGGCCAUAGACUUGGAAAUGUGGAGCCAGGGCCUCCGUCGUGAGGAGCGGGCUGAGUUGGCCGACCUGCCUUCGAGCUGCAGCCUCACAGUGAAAGACCUCCUCCUCUCGGGCGGCGGCGGCGACCUGCAGCAGCAUCACCCGGGGGCCCCUCACCUGCCCCGGCCUGCGACCCAGCACUGCCAGGAGCUGGUGCUGACAGAGGACGAGAAGAAGCUUCUGGCCAAAGAAGGCCUCACCCUGCCCACCCAGCUGCCCCUCACCAAGUAUGAAGAGCGAGCGCUGAAAAAAAUCCGCCGGAAAAUCCGGAACAAGCAGUCGGCCCAAGAGAGCCGGAAAAAGAAGAAGGAAUAUAUUGACGGCCUGGAAACUCGGAUGUCAGCCUGCACCGCCCAGAACCAGGAGCUUCAGAGGAAAGUCUUGCAUCUGGAGAAGCAGAACCUGUCCCUCUUGGAGCAGCUGAAGAAGCUCCAGGCCAUUGUGGUCCAGUCCACCAGCAAGUCGGCCCAGACAGGCACCUGCAUAGCGGUCCUGCUGCUCUCCUUUGCCCUCAUCGUCCUGCCCUCCAUUAGCCCUUUCGUCGCCAGCAAGGCCGAGGGCGCCGGAGACUACGCGCCCGUUCGAGUUUUCUCCAGAACUUUGCACAACGACGCUGCGUCCCGUGUGGCCCCCGACGCCACACCAGGCUCCGAGGUCCCAGGACCACGGCCCAAAGCUGGCGCGUCCCAGGAAGGGUCUCCAGGCAGCCCCAGGGCAGACUGGGAACCUCAGGGCAUGUCGGCUCUGGACAACUUGACGGAGGAGUUGGACAACUCGACCCUGAUCGCAGACAACUCGACGGAGAAGCUGAACCGGGCCACCCUGCUGGACUGGACUGCCCCUGAGCCAGCGCUCAGCCCUGGGCGUGGGGGAUUGGAGGCAGCAGGGGAGGAGCUGUGAGCACCGUCCGGACGUGCCCCCGGGCCUCUCUGCUUAGGGGCCCUUCUGUGGACAGCAACGGGCAUGGGGGUGAGAGGCGGAAGUGCCACGAUGGAGAUGGCACAAAGUCACAGCCACACACCCGCGGACCCAGGCACACACCGGACACGCUCAGACACAGGACAAGCGCAGGGCCACGAAGCCCGAGAAAUACACACCCAGGCAAAGAAAGGAACGGGCACAUACAGAGUGAUCCACAGACUCAGACAGACACGCGCACACACCACGCCUCGACAGCUCCCCUGCCCCGGGACUCCUUCCUGUCCCCUGUACGCUUGGCUGAGUCUGCGGGGACCCCGGCCCCAGAACCGCAGCCCACAGCCGCGCCUCUUUUCUAAGAUUGCAGUGAUCCUUAAUAAAGUAUUUUGACAGAA